AUGUCCGACGAACAAACCCCUCAACGUGUCAUAACCACUCAUGAUGCGUCAGCUGCCUCCAUCUUCGACACCUCCGUCCCUACCACUGUCCCCGUUGUAGAAUUCCCAAGCGGCCUCGCCACGUUCAGCACCCAAUAUGCAACUGAAGGCUUUCCAGUAUCCCUCUCCGCCAAUACCGAUAUCCAAAUCUACUGCAACCACCUCGCCAACCCGGGGGGCAUCGUUAUUAACAACGGCACCAUCAUGCGGACCAUAGUCAUGAAACCGGGAGGGCUUUCUCACAUGCAUCGCACAAUUAGCGUUGACACUGGAGUGGUAAUUGAUGGGAGCCUUGAACUACUGCUAGACUCGGGCGAGUCCAGGAUCCUAAGAAAAGGCGAUGUCUUUGUCCAGCGGGCGACGAUGCACAUGUGGAAGAAUACGAGCUCGACAGAGCCCGCUACGAUGGUGGUUUUUACCCAGCCGUGCGCGCCGUUAGAAGUAGCUGGGAAGUUGCUGGAAGAGGAACAUCGCGUUUGA